AUGUUAGUGUCUCUGAAGCAUGUUGCUCUUCUGAGGGUGAUAUUUACAGAAUGGAAGAAAUGUGGUGGUAUACCAUUAGCUAUUAUUACUAUAGCAAGUCUUCUAGCUAAUAAGGGUCAUAUAAAAGCAAAGGAUGAAUGGUAUGCUUUGCUCAGUUCCAUUGGUCAUGGACUCACAGAAGAUCGUAGUUUGGAGCAGAUGAAAAAGAUAUUACUAUUCAGCUACUAUGAUCUACCUUCAUAUUUGAAACCUUGUCUAUUAUAUCUUAGCAUCUUCCCAGAAGAUUAUGAGAUUGCGAGAGGUAGACUAAUUUGGAGAUGGAUAUCGGAAGGCUUUGUUUAUAGUGAAAAACAAGGAACUAACUUAUAUGAGGUCGGUGACAACUACUUCAAUGAGCUAGUAAAUAGAAGUAUGAUCCAGCCCAUAGGCAUUGAUAAUGAUGAAAAGGUAAAGGCUUGUCAUGUACAUGACAUGGUACUUGACCUCAUAUGCUCAUUGUCAAGUGAAGAGAACUUUGUCACAAUAUUAGAUGAUACCGGAAGAAAAAUGCCGAACUCAGAGAUCAAGGUUCGCAGAUUGUCCAUCCAAAGUAGCAAGAUAGAUGCGGAGACCACUAGGAUGGAGCAUAUGAGGUCUGUUACUAUUUUCACAAGUGAUGUUGUUGGGAAAGUGUUGGAUAUUUCAAGUUUUCAAGUUCUAUGUGUGUUGGAUUUAGAAGGCUGUAAAAAUGUCUCGGAUGUUGGGUAUGUGGGGAAUCUGUUACACUUGAGGUACUUGGGGCUAAAAGCUACUCAUGUUAAGGACCUUCCCAUGGAUAUAGGGAAGCUACAGUUUUUGCUUACCUUGGACAUAAGAGGUACUGAGAUAGAAGCACUGCCAUCAAGUGUUGUUCAACUAAGACGUCUAAUGUGUCUGUAUGUUGAUUACAAUAUGAAGCUGCCAUCUGGGAUAGGCAACCUGACUUCCCUAGAAGUGCUAGAUGAGCUGGGGUUAUCUGACGUGGACCUUGAUUUUGUGAAAGAACUGGGCCAUCUAACCAAGCUCAGGGUGCUCAAGCUUGACUGCGAUGAUUUUGAUGAGAGCCUGGUUAAAGCUUUGGAGGAAUCCAUUAAUAAUAUAUACAAACUGGAAAGUCUAGAUGUAUAUGUCAUUCAUGGACUCAUCAAUUGCCCGAGCGAAGAUUGGGUGCCUCCUCCACAACUCCGUAGAUUGGCUUUCCGGUCAAAUGUAAGUUGGUUCAAGACAUUGCCGUCAUGGAUUAAUCCUUCAUCGCUUCCUCUCCUCUCCUACCUGGAGAUAAAGGUGUUUGAAGUGUGA